AUGUAUACAUUUUGCAAUACAUUUCUGCUACAAGAAUCAGACAACAGAGAAUUAAAAGAAUCUGAUUUUCCAGUCGGCGGUGUUUCUUUGAAUUCCUCGUAUUUCUUCACUUAUUUUUGUCUUCUGCUUCAUCAGCUUUCUUUUUCAGACAGAAAUUCCCUCCUUGGUGAAAUUAAUAUUUUGUUUGAUAUGGAAUAUUCACCAAAGGAAAUUGAUGAAAGUGAGAUAGUAACAAGUGAAGAACUCGUGAGGAUAGAUGGUAAUAUGUCUACCAAUUCUAUCGAACCAGAGGGUCACAGUGUGUUGGCCUCACCAGCAUUUUGUGUGUCUACAAGCAGUGAGUGGCUAGGAAGUUCAACCCAUCCCAGUUUGAGCACACUGGAGGGUUAUGAUUUGAAAGGAGGCGAAAUGUAUUUGGCUGAUACUGUGCGUCCUUCUACAAGUCUCUCUUCUGCGAACGAUGCAGGUUUUGUGCUCGAGGAAUUGACUGCAAGAAAUUAUGAUUAUGGAUCUCCUAACUCAUCUUUUCUUAGCUGCUCAACCACUAGAAAGGGAAAUAACAAUAAGAGGAGAUAUUUGCAUCAAUUGGGAUUGCAUGGGCCUAGAAGUAUUAUCAGAGAUAGAGAUUUGAUGUCCCAGAAUAAGGAGCCGCUGGCAUUGAUUUCUAGGGAAGAUUUGCCAAGAACGAACUUACAUAAGUCGAAACCUUUAUCAAGUAGGCAAAAUGACAAAGACUCCAGUAGAAUAUCUUCCCAUUUGACUGAUGGUUAUAACAAAGAAUCCUCUAGUAGAAUGCCUCAUGGCUAUGAUCGGUCUAAAAUCUUAUCUUCGUCAAGUUUCUCUCAGUUUUUCAGUAAGCAGUCGAUGGUGUCAAUAGAGAAGAAUGUUCCAAAUAAAAGCCUCGGAGUUUGUUCUGAAUUUCAUAGAGCAAGAAUGGGUCAGAAUAAAGACAAGCAGACUUGCUCGAGUAGAAAAGCAUCGGAUAUGUCCCUUUCUAGUAAGGUUCAUUCUUGUGAUGAUGGUGGGAAAGGACUUGCAUUGCCUCAUUUUGGGAUUACAUUGAGAGAAUGGCUAAAUUCUGGGGUUUCCAAGAUAAACAAAAGUUACAGGCUGCAUUUGUUUAGGCAGAUUGUGCAGAUAGUAAAUAUUACACAUUCUCAAGGCUUUUCCUUGCUGGAUAUAUGUCCAUCUUCGUUUGUUUUAUUGCCACCUGAUGAUGUCAAAUACAUUGGUUCGUCAAUGCAGGUAGAAUUACCGAGUUUGGUGGAUCAGGGUAUUACAAAGAAGAGACAUUUAGAGCAUGAAAUGUCUCCACGUGGAAAAUUUGGUGUAAAUCAGCAUAAAGUAUGCCAGGACAAAUUGAUAAUGCAUAAACCUCCAUUCAUCUCCAAAAAUGGUGUCAAUGACAAGGGUUCUGAUCAGCUAAGGACUGGCAUCAGUGAUAUGGAAAAUUCUAACCACACCGAAUGUACAGCUCGAAACAAUUUUACUCAUGAAGGCACGUCUAUCCAGGGGCAGUUUGGGUUUGCAUUUGAUGCUGCUCAGUUGGAAAAGAAAUGGUAUACUUGUCCAGAGGAGCUUGAUAAUCUUCAAUCAAAUAUCUACAGUCUUGGUCUUUUGUUAUUUGAGUUGCUUUGGCAUUUUGAGUCAAUAGAAGCACAUUCUGCGGCAAUGCUGGAUUUGCGCAAUCGGAUUCUACCUCCUAAUUUUCUUUCUGAAUGUCCAAAGGAAGCUGCCAUCUGUUUUUGGAUGCUGCAUCCUGAACCUCCUUCUCGUCCAACAACCAGGGAACUUCUGAAUUGUGAGAUAAUUUAUGGAUCUGAAGAGAUGACUCUAGGAGGUGAUGAGCCAUCAUUUGCUAACAAGUUUGCUGAUGCUGAGUCAGACCUCUUACUUUAUUUUCUAGUUGCAUUAAAGGAAGAAAUGCAGAAUAAGGCCUCCAAGUUGUUGGAAAAUAUAGAAUUCUUAGAAGCUGAUAUCAAGGAGGUUGAGAGAAAGUAUGCUUUUCAAAGAUCUUCAGACAGGAUUGAUGGAGACCACGAUGCAAGACAGAAACCUUUACUUAAAGACAAUGAUAGGACAAAUUUGUUUGGGGUUAAGUUGACGAGCAAUAUCAGUGCACUUGAAGAUGCUUACUUCUGUAUGAGAUCCCAAGUCCAUAUUCCUGAAAUUUCUGAAAUGGAACGAUCAGACAAGGACAUAUUGAGGAGUCGUGACAGGUGGUCUUGGGUUCAAAAUCAAUACCAAGAGCCAAAGAUUGAAGAGAGGUCCGUUGAUCUAGUUGGAGCCUUCUUCGAAGGUAUUUGUAAGUUUGCUCGCUACAGUAAGUUUGAGGUCUGUGGGACGUUAAAAAAUGGUGAUAUUCUCAACUCAAGCAACGUGAUAUGCUCUUUGAGUUUUGAUCAUGAAGAGAACUAUAUUGCUACUGCUGGAGUCUCAAAGAAAAUCAAAAUCUUUGAGUUCGAUUCCCUUUUGAAUGACUCUGUUGAUGUUCAGUAUCCAGUGAUCGAAAUGCCAAACAAAUCUAAAUUUAGCUGUGUUUGUUGGAAUAACUACAUCAAAAAUUAUUUGGCAUCUGCCGACUAUGAUGGUCUAGUGCAGGUAUGGGAUGCAAGAACUGGACAAGGACUUGCCCAGUACAUGGAGCACCAAAAGAGAGCUUGGUCCGUGGACUUUUCCCAAGUAGAUCCAAUGAAGUUUGCAAGUGGGAGUGAUGAUUGUUCAAUCAGACUAUGGAGCAUCAAUGAGAGAAAUUCAAUGGGCACAAUUUGGAGUCCUGCCAAUGUUUGCUGCGUUCAGUUUUCUUCUUUCUCCUCUCAUCUGCUGGCUUUUGGGUCUGCUGAUUAUAGGAUCUCUUGUUAUGAUUUGCGACACACUAGAAUUCCGUGGUGCACAUUAAUGGGCCAUGGAAAGACUGUCAGUUAUGUGAAGUUUUUGGAUUCAGACACUCUUAUUUCCGCAUCCACAGAUAACACAUUAAAGCUCUGGGACCUCAGGAAAACCAGCAUAGAGGGGUUGUCCCCAAAUGCUUGCUCAUUGACCUUUAGUGGACAUACUAAUGAGAAGAACUUUGUGGGCUUGUCGGUGUUGGAUGGAUAUAUAACAUGUGGUUCGGAAACUAAUGAGGUUUAUGCUUACUACAGAUCUCUGCCAAUGCCAAUUACUUCUCACACGUUUGGAAGCAUCGAUCCAAUUUUUGGACACGAGAGUAGCGAUAGUAAUGGGCAAUUUGUUUCAAGUGUUUGUUGGAGAAGAAAAUCUAACAUGGUUGUUGCUGCCAACUCUAGUGGUAGUAUAAAGAUAUUGCGUUUGUAUUGCCUCUCUAUUGGUGGACUUGAGUCAAGUAGAAUCAUCAAGGAUUGGUUGCAGCCGAGAAAUGAUCGUCUGUCGCAAUUCAAAGGCCAGCAGUGCUGA